GUGGCGGCGGCGGCUUGUGUACGCGCGGCGUACGAUCGCUCUCGCUCGGAAUCUCAAUGGUGCGCGCAUAAGGAGGAGCGACUCCGAGUGCGGGAUUGUGCCUGGUAUUGUUUACGGAUCGCCGUGGAGUGACAAAUCGUCCGUGGGACGAUCGAAGAGGAUCGUCGGAGCGUGGGCGUUUACGCGCGGAGGUGCAACCGAGCGACCGAUCCCGGAGUCGCCGGUUCCAGAGAGAAGGCUGGGGAAUCACAGAUCGGAGAGAAAAUUCACGGCGAGAUCGCACGUACGCACGCAUGAAGGUCCCAUGGCUACCGGCUUGGUAAAGUGGUGGCGAGCAAGGUUCCUCGCUGGCUACAGGCCCUUUUCCGUUGUAGGAACGAAUACGGAAGGCAGCGAUUCCGAGGAGUUGCUGACGGGUGUCCCGACUACUUGCAACAUCUCUUCACCGCCGCCGACAGAGUCGCAACCGAUUUUGAUCUCUCCGGAGCCGCCGCCGCAGGUCGUGGUUGAUGGUCCGACCAUAUCUGCAGGACCUACCGGUAAUGACGAACAGCCUACUUGCGGUACAACGAAACAGCUUAGUUUCGAGGAAUUCGAGUGCGAUGUGUCGGUGGCGGAAGGUGACAGGAGACGGCAGGAGUUCUCCUUCACCCUGUACGACUUCGACGGCCACGGGAAAAUAACGAAGGACGACAUAGCCGGUCUGGUGACCACCAUUUACGAUACGCUAGGCGCUUCUAUACAAGUGCCGCCGUGCGGCAGUAAGACAAUUAAGGUCAAACUGACGGUGUCGCCGGAUCAGCGAGCCAGCAGCAGCAGUCAGGCACCGCCGCCUCGCAGCAACACCUGCCUAAAUGCCACGCAAACGCCGACCACGUUGCCUGGCAAUUCGUCGUCCUGUUGCCAUUUGAAGCACGCCGCCCCGUGCGGCCAUACCGCAACGCAUGCCACUCGCGGCUCGAGCAGAGUUCCUAGAAGGAGAAGAGCCCCGCGGUAUCGUUGUCAGACCGAACGAAAAGAAGUCGAGACUCACAGUGAGGACGACGAUGAGAACGUUCGAGCGAAUCGAGUGCAGCAGGAGGAGCUGCGUAGACGAGUCGGUCCGGUGCCCCAUUUACCAUCCCCCUAUUCAAAUAGCUCCGAGGGUGAUGUGAGCGACGAUAGUGACACUUCCCCCGCAUUCUCGCCGUUAACGCCGCUUCUUACGACGAAUCAGCGAAAGCGCAGCGGCGCGCUACAGAGGCAACAAUUACUGGAGAUUAUUCAGGCCAACAUGGAAAAGAAUAAUCUCAGUUUUCACACAUCAAGGAAACGGCACCAAAACGAACAAUCGCGCAUUCCGUCUCACAGCCCUCAUCAGGAAAGUACGAAUCACAAUAACCAGGAUUGUCAGCCGCCUGUGGAGUCUCGUCAAGUGCCCAUCAACUAUCACAAGCCAAUACGGGAAAGCACCCAUCAUUCCGCAUCGUUUCCGAAGACACCGUCCAAGCCCCGGACGAAUCUGAGAAAAGCGCGGCACAACACAUCGCGGAACAACGCGACGCACGCUUCCCAAGCCUACGGAUACUCGCAGAUGCUGAAUCGCAAUGUCGUCGUGCCGACGACCGUCUACAACGACAUACCGCCGCAACACAUUACCAGCAGCAACACCCAUCGUAACAUCGUGAAUCUCUUGCCCAACAACAAUCAGCAGACGGCGGCCAACCAUCCGACCAACGUGACCAACAAUCACAACAACGUGCAGCGUAACAACGCGCAAUUCAUUCAGUCGCAGCAGUGCUGCAGAGCGAAGAAGCAUCAGCUGAAGCACGCGACUCGGGAACAGGAUCAGGCUCGAGCGAUGGCGCAGGUCGUGCGUUGGCUCGAACGCGAGUUCUCGCAAAAUGCGGCGGCUGUUACGUCCGGUCGGAGGCAUGUACACGAGCAUAUACACCAUCACUAUCAUCAUUAUCACUCCGAAGCUUUGGUCUAAACACCACGACAUGCCGUAUACUCAGCGUUACCGAAAAGGUUAAAAUAGAUCGUUAAAGUAAUUUGCGUUUAUACAAUAUACUGACUGUAGUCGGUGCUUCCGAAGACGAUAAAGUUUGUCUCCAUCAUGUUUAAAAAGAGAAUUAGUUCAGAAAAUAAGUUAUUAAAUAAUAUAUUUGAAAUGAAAUGCGCUGCGAGAGAAUUAGACGCGGCAUGCUUUGGGUCUGAUCUUCCAUAUUGAUUAUCACAGGGAACUCUGUGUAUUACGAACAGAGUCAUCCCAUUGAAUCUCCAGUUUGUCUUCACGCAUGAGGCAAGCCGAUUUGUACGUAUUUUGUAUCGUUCAAUAUAUCGAUAGAUACCUAGAUAUAUAGUACGAAUAUGAAUAAUGAGUGAUACGUUAUCACAUAUUUUUAUUCACGUAAGUGAACUGGGUUUAUCUUCCUUCUUUCUUCAUAAAGCGGUGUCGAAAAAUUUGACAUCAGAUUGCGGUGUGCUCAUUAGUAUUGUAUAAAUUAUUUUACGAGUAUCGACGACUAGCAUCGAUACUAACAUUUUUUGAAUUAUACUCUUUUUUUCCUUUCCUUUUGUAUUGUUUUUUAUACACCAGAUAGAAAAUUAUGUGCUAUGUCUAGCCCAAAAUUCUUGUGAAAAAUACCGUAGCGCAUUUGAAUUAUAGCGUCAAUGAAACUUACUGCAUACUAUUCGCGCAAAUUUCUCCAAGAAGAAUAUAGUUACUAUAAAUCUCAGGCUUAUAAUGUGUAUACCGUGCUACAACAAUGACGGGGCGUCACUCGUCUACGAUUUAUCUGAUAAUAAAAAUGUACGCGUAAUGUUGCAUCUUCUAGAGAGGAGUUCGUGUGUGGAUGCAACAGUAUACUCGUUUAACUUGUACUCGUUCCGGAAUAGGAAUUCAAAGACGAUCAUCCAUAAACAUUGCUGCGUGUGCUGUAGGACCAAAUUACAUUCCUAGACGGAAAAAGGAACAUGUAAUCGCUCCUUCUCAUAUGAAACGUGGUAAACUACAGCUACCGACUGUGUACAUACAAAGUAUCCCAAAGAAAAUCUUUUCUUCACUACACAAACGUUACGUUUGCAAAUGAGAACGAAGUAGGAUCGUAGCGAUUAUAAAAAUAAAGUUCGAAAGGCAGAUUCUUCUACGAAUGUUCCUGUAAUCAGAGGUUGGUAUAUCUCUCCUUAGCGAGCGUAGUAUUCCUAAAGAACUGUGACCGUAAGUUUAAUGGUGCUUCUAUAGCCGUAUAUUCGAGCGAACGCGCACGGAAUUGUGUUUCGGCGAAUAAUUGCUUAAAAUCUCUUUUCUAUACAGGGCAUCCCAUUUUUACCGCACAAUGUAUGUAUUUUUUAACCAUUUCAUUGCUGUGCGCAUCGUUGCAGUAGUUAUCUGCUAAGCAAAUUUUUUUUUUCUUUAUAGAACUCCACUAUAGACAGUAGUUCUCUUUAUGUCGACAGUCUUCCGUAGCUUGCAUCGAGGGCUGAUGGAUAGCUCGUCCAAGUGAAAUGGUUAAAUGAUACAGAUCCUUUCUGGCUAGUUCGAGAUUAUUUGUUUCUCAGCAAAGAGUCUCGAGACAUCUCGCUAGGAAAUUUACCAUCGCAAAAUAAUACUUUCGAAGCGGGACACUCUGUAUAUUCUGCUAGUCCUAUAUAACGACAAAUAAAGCUCUUCCGUUAUUCGCGACGAUACAGUGGAUACGGAUAUAGGAAGAGAAUGACAAUUGAGUUCUUACUAGUGCCUUGUAAUCUAACUCAUUUAACACUUGAGACAAUGGUCCUCCUUUGUAAUCAUUUUUUUGCCUAUCGCGCGAGCGAGAAUCGUGUUGGACACGAGACUGUGUCCUUAGAGCUUGUUUCGCUGUACCACAAGCUGUCGUAAGAAUUCCGAUCGUCUUAUCCAUGCAGUGUUGCGAAUGGCUUACUAUUUAUUAUCACUAAUAUAUUACUUGACGCAUGUCAGAGCGAAACUAUGGAAAUCGACAAUAUCUCUCAAUCGGGUGUCAAUGAAGAGUAUUACGAUUACCUUUAGCGACUAAUACGAUACGACUAAUAUUAAGACUAGAUGCAUUGAGACAAAUAUUAUUCGUAAGGGUUUUCGAUAAUGUUAUUAUAUGUUGCGGAACAUAUAUAUAUAUAUAAAUAUAUAUAUAUAUAUAUAAUUUUAUAUUGAUAUUUGUAAUCCCUGUAGAUAUUUUCUGUAACUUUUUUUCUAUUGAUAUUUAUUAAAACGCAUUUUUAUACUA